CCAACCGCGCCGCUUUCACCACAGGUCGGUAGACACGCAGGAGUACAGACAACAGAGGAUGGCUCGUUACUCCUCAAGCCAGUCCUUUCUAGGGAGCUGGGCAAUCUCGUAGAUAACUUACCGGAAGCGACAGCCGCACAUAGCCUACCCGCCUUCGGAUCCCCCAAUGGAACAACAACCACGAUCGUCCUCGAAAAUCUCACGUAUGGGUUCCACAUACCAUGCAUUCCCGAUGUCAAAUUGAGAACCGUACUCUAUAAUGGGGAUGUUCCCCAAGCAAAAAAGGAGCGUACGAUUCGCACUUCUGCGAACACGAUCAGUCUCAGCACUGCCAUACGUUCUACGGGCUUCCAGGUAUACCCCCUUGUUGAUGUCCAGGAACUGAGUGCUCAUUCAAACGUGCUUACUCCCAGGAAAUAUGGUGAAGCAGUCAAGCCAGAACAUCUCCCAGAU